GGCCUCGCAGCCGACGGACCGAGACGCAGCGGCACCCAACGUGGUGACGCGGGUCUCGCAGUGGGCCGACGACCACCUGCGUCUCGUCCGGAGCAAGAUCAGAGUUGGAUCUAAGUGCCUUUACUUCAACACUUGGAGCAAUCUUAGCAUCUUCAUUUCUUUGGAACAUCAGCACCGUAAUGGCUGUAGCUGGAACAUUGUUACUUCUAAGAAGUGUUCGGAUGACAUCAAAAUUUACAAGUUCUUCAGAUAUUCCAGUAGAAUUUAUACGGAAGAAUGUUAAACUACGUGGACGAUUACGCCGAAUAACUGAGAAUGGCUUAGAAAUUGAGCAUAUUCCUAUUACUUUACCUAUCAUAUCUUCCUGGAAAAAAGAGCCCUGUGGUGUCCUGCUGGUUAAACUGGCAGGAGUAGAACUCACUGAAACUGGGAAGGUGUGGUUACAAAAAGAGUUAAAACCUUCCCAGUUGCUAUGGUUUCAACUUCUUGGAAAGGAGAAUUCAGUGCUCUUUUGUUAUCUUCUAGUGAAUAAGGGUAGGUAUUUUAGUGUGAGUCUGAAUGAAGAAAUUUUGAGAAGAGGCCUUGGCAAAACUGUUCUUGUUAAAGGGCUAGACUAUGAUUCUAAAAUCUAUUGGACAAUUCACAGAAACUUACUUAAAGCUGAAUUAACUGCCGUAAAAAAAAGAGAAGGAAUAUGGAAGGAAGAAUCUGAAGAAAGUUAUUUGGAAAAAUUCAAAGGCUCCUGGAGAGAAAUAUGGAAAAAAGACAGUUAUUUAAAAAAAAUUGGAGCAGAUUUCAAUUUGAAAAAAGAAAGUUAUUAUGAGAAAUUUAGAAGGACUUAUGAAACAUGGAAAGACAACAUAAAUAACUACUCUUUUAUAUUGAAGUUCAGAGAACUUAUGAAUCGCAUACACUUUCGUAGAAAAGGGUGAACUAUUCCAAGGGGUCUGGAGGUGACCCAUUCAGAAAACAGUAAAAUAUGUAAAUAUGUAGAUGUUUCAUUGAGUUGAAAUGGAAAUUUCUCUGAAUGAUCUAAGUUGCACUCUGAUGGUAUUUAAAUAUUUAAGAGAUGGUUGUUCUAAAUGUAAUAGAAUAAUUUAAGCAAGUUGUAAUUAAUGUAAUAUGCUUUUAAGAAAAAUGAAAUACUCUAUAAAGUCACCAGGAUAAAGGAUGUAUACCUAUAGUGCUAAUAUUUGAAGAGAGAGUUUAACUGUUGGACACUGUUAUUUUAGUUAUUUUCAGUAUCCAUAUUUAAUUUUUGUUGAAAGAGAAUAUUUGUUGACUUUUCCAGUUUUGAUUGAUUUUGAUCAAUCAAAUUUUGAUUAUUUGUAAUAAACUAACUCUUUAUA